UCAGAGUGAAAGUGAAAGGAAAGGCUCUGGCAGUCUGAAGACUCAUUCAGAGUUUGAUUCUAGCACAGACGCCUGAUGUUUUAGGGUGUCUGGAACCCCUUUUUUGGGGCACAGAAUGAAUCUAGGGCUCAUCCUCAUCUGUGGAGUGCUGGCUCUGAAGGCUGCAGAGCUGCCAGUGGAGCUGGCCCCGGGGUCCCAAUUACGCUCUGUGGAUGUGGUCUUGGACUGUCAUUAUAUAGAGGAAGCUGUGGGUGGAUUUCCGGGUGCCUUUGCCGGAUCAUUCUCCUCAGACCCUGCCACCCUAGUGCUGAGAGGUGUCAGCAUUGCCGAUGAUGGAAGCUUGGACAGCGUCACCAAUUACGAGGCGCCAGGCACAAAUACUGACUCCGCUUCUCCCAUCAUCUUUGAAGUCUCAGAAACUUUGGUACCCAUCCCAUAUGCGGAAUCCCUGCUGCAUGCAGACUGUGCUGGGGAGAAAGUGACCUGUGAGAUCUCUCCAUACAGCUUACACCUGGCAGAUGAGGGGCCCAGCCAGGCCUCCUGGUUCAUGGGGACCCUGAAGUUAUCCAGUGGGAUCAGCAUAGCCCUGGUGCUGAAGGUCAGCAGUGUCAGGGAAGAAGAUGAGAGAAUGGCCAUACUGCACCCAAGGCUGAAGGUUCCUAUAAGCAAGGAGGGCACAGUGCUGACCACAGCUCUGCAGCCUGCAGGAUGGGAUCUUCUUGUGGGGAGACACAUGUCCAACCCUUCAACCCAGCAUGGCCAGUCAGUCCACAGCAUGCUUCCUCCAGUUGAAUUCCAGUUGUCAUCUCGCACCCCUACUUUGCGUACCCGACUUGGCACCUCCGUCACCCUGGACUGCAGCUUUGCCUUGGCUUCCAGCUCUCCGCUGGCCUCGCUGGAGUGGAGGCUGCAGCACCGAGGCAGCGGGCGUAGAGUUUUCCACUACCAGGCGGGGGACGUGGCACAAGCAGAACAGUCAACGGCCCACGUGGAUGUGGUGCAGCUGCUGGAGACUGGAGAUGCAUCACUUAGCCUGCAUGGAGUGGGGGUGGGGGAUGAAGGGACAUACAUCUGCUUAGUGUCCACCCCCCAGCACCAGGCCCAGAACAUCAUCCAGCUGCAGUUGGUCGAGCCCCCGAGAGUCCGUUUGUUCCCAGAGUUGGUGUCACGUGAGGGGGAUGGAGCCACUACCCUGACCUGUGAGAUCUCUGGCUAUUACCCCCUGGAUGUGUCGGUGAAGUGGACACGGGAGGCCCCUGACGACAAAGACAAGAUCCCUAUCUCAGGCUCAAGCACAUACUUCUCCAGCCAUAGGCAAGCCCAGGAUGGCACCUAUGGCAUCAAUUCAUACCUGAGUAUCAACACAGCCAUAGAGCUGGGACCUGUCACCUACAGCUGCCAUGUCUCGCAUCUGGCCCUUGAAGAGCCAAUUACAGCUAGUGCCCAGCUCAGGACACCAGAGCACAAAACAUCUAAUGGGCUUGUGGGAACCUUCAUUGCUACUUUCAUCUUCCUUGCUGCUCUCGUUGGCCUCAUGCUCAGGAGAAGAAAAACAGUUGAUCCAAAAUCUGAGGAAUCUCUGGAGACUUCAGGGUAAAAGGGACAGUUAACUCAGUUACCCUUAUUCCUGCGCCCCCUCUGACAGACCCCAUACCAGAUGAAGACCCAGCCACUCAGAAAUUAACCUCCCAUUUUACAUUAAUGGAGCUAUCACCAUUUCCAGGGACCCUCUUGCAGCUCUAUAGGAAGGGAUUGGAGGACCCUUGUGACCCUGGAAAGGUGGAGUCAGAGAAAAGGGGGUGUCUCCAUCAUGUGAGCGGGGGUAAUACCAUUAACCUCACUGGAACACUGUUCUUCUCACACUUUCAGGUACACAGAGCUAGAUACACAAAGGGAUGUAGACAUUUUAGGUGCCUAAGACCAACAUUUAGGCACCACUGAGAUCCUCAAACCUCUGCUCAGCUGGUGCCUAACCGUUUAGCUACCUAAAUUCCUUAAGCACCUAAGUUUCUGCCUGUGGACAUACACAAAAUCACCUAAUUCCUGAUGCCAUUGAGCUGCUUGGUUCCCUAGCUCAUGCAUAACCCCUGGUAGGAUUGUCAGCCUAGGCAAUACCCUGCCUUUGUCGCCUGCAGGGCCUGAUCCCAGAGGCAUGCUCAGAGCAUACCUAUCAGAGCAGGCCUUGAACAGAGACAGCUAGGAGCAAGCAGGUCAGAAAUUUGGUGGGUGUGUGUAUACACAUAUGUGUGUACGUGUUUACUGUCACUUUGCCCAUGUCAUCCCUAGCUUUUAAUCCCUCCACUGGCUCUCCCUUCUCUAUCACAUCAAAUAUAAGCUGCUUAUAUUCACCUUCUAGUCCUUUCUUGGCCAUUUCCCACCCUACCUAUCAUCUCUCAUUUGCUAUUGAACUGUUGAUGCUCAUCUCUGAUGGGCCCAUCAUGCCAGUCUCCAUUGGGCACAGGUUACAUUUUCAGACAAGCAUCUUUCUACUUUCUCCCACGCUGUUCAGCACACUUGGGAGGGGCUCCCUGAGAACAUCCAUAAAGCAUCCACCGUCAAAUACAUCCACAAAACUCUCCUUUGGCGCGAUGCCUGUAAUAUAUUGACAAUGGUUAGAAUGCCAAUCGUCCUGACCAUUAUUGUCUCAUUGCUUCCUUUUAUUCCCCUACAAGUCUCUUGCUUUAUGCUCAAGAUUGUAAGCUCUUUGGGGCAGGAAUUGUCUUUUUGUUCUGUUUGUACAGUGCCUAGCACAAUGGGGUCCUGGUCCACAACUAGGGAUCCUAUGUGCUACAAUAAUGCAACUAAUAACCUUAUUAGCUUAGUGGACAGAGCACUCCCCUAUAAUGUGAGAGACCCAGUCUAUAUCCCUGUUCUGCCUGAGUUGGAGCAGGGACUUGAAGUCAGUUCUCCCACAUCCUAGGUGAGUGCUCUAGCCACUGAGUCGUUGAGUAUUCUGGGGUGGUUAUGUCUCAGUCUCCCCUGCUGCAGCUGUUCCACUUGAUAUAAAUGAAAUAUUUUUGGAGCCGGGCCUCCCCCACAUCUCAGGGGAUUGCCCUGACCACUGAGCUACAGAGUCAAACUCCUGCUUUGACUCCUCUUUCUUAAAUAAAUAUUUAAUUAUUUAUAAUGAAGAGGUUCUUCAGCAGGAGAGAUUGAGAGCCAGUUACAUCCCUUGUUAGUAUCUUGCUGAAGAGCUGUGUUGGGAAGCUCAGGGUGGAGAGGGAGUGGGCGAGAAGUGGGGCUCACUCUGUAACUGGCUCAAACGAGAUACGGUAUUCACUGCACUUUGUGCUAGUUUGAAUUUGACCUCUGAAUAAAACCCUGUUGUUAUUUUUCUAA